CUUGACAGUUACUUCACCCCGCUAUUCCUCGCCCUUCACCUUCACUUCACUUAUGAAAAGUAAGAGGCAGGAUAAUGUGAAUUAGCCGUGAUUAAAGUAUUAAAAUAUUUAAAAAAUGAUAAAGUGAUGUAUUAAAUUUACUAGUAAAUAAACUGCCUCACACUGUAUCAGUCAGUACAUUGCCAAAGAAGCUGGUGAUUGUUUCGGUUGGAAGAUUUUUAUAUCUCAUUCGGUUGUACAUUUAGAGGAAGAGGAGCUAUCAUCAUGAGUAAUCAAGAGAACCUGGAAAUGGCCCAUAGGCAACAUGUUAAAUAUUUCAUGCGGUUCCUAGAUAUUUUGCCUUCAUCAUUGUCUUCACAUGAUACUACAAGGGUAACAAUAGCAUAUUUCUCAGUGGCCGGGUUGGAUGUGCUGGGCUCCAUUACAUCUAUAUCUGUGGAGCUCCGGUCCCGGAUUAUAGAAUGGCUGUAUCAUCUUCAAGUGCAUCCAAACAAAGAGACUGGUGACAUGUCAAUGUGCGGCUUCCAGGGCUCGUCAACCAUCAACAUAGAGCUACACCCCGAAAACGCGCACUACCGCUGCGGGCACCUCGCCAUGACUUACACUGCGCUAUGUACCUUGGUCACACUUGGAGACGACCUCAGCAGAGUUAACCGGAAGGCGUUAGUAGAAGGUGUAAAGGCGCUUCAGACAGAAGAAGGCAACUUCGCAGCGACGCUGUCGGGCUGCGAGUCCGACAUGCGGUUCGUGUACUGCGCGGCCUGCAUCAGCUACAUACUCGACGACUGGUCCGGCUUCGACAAGGAGAAGGCGGCCGAUUACAUCAUCAAGUCGAUAGGCUACGACUACGGCAUCGCGCAGUGCCCCUCGCUGGAGUCGCACGGCGGCACCACGUACUGCGCGCUGGCCACGCUGCAGCUCACCGGCCAGCUGCCGCGGCUCUCCCCGCAGCAGCUGCGCGGCCUGCAGCGCUGGCUCGCCCUCCGCCAGCUCGACGGCUUCCAGGGCCGCCCCAACAAGCCUGUCGACACCUGCUACAGCUUCUGGGUCGGAGCAUCGCUUAAAAUGCUCAAAACAUUAAAAUACACAAACUACGGCAGCAAUAGGAGCUACGUUUACGAAACGCAGGACGUUAUCGUCGGCGGCUUCUCGAAGUGGCCGGAUACUUGUACGGACCCGAUGCACACGUAUUUAGGUUUGGCCGGGCUCAGUUUGAUAGGGGAGAAGGGGCUUUUGAAAAUUGUGCCUACUCUUAAUAUAACUAAACGGGCGUUCGAACAUUUGCAAAGUUUACACGAGAAAUGGGCCAAGGAGUCAUAGUGAUGGCAUUUUUUUAGGCGUGGAAUACAUGGGAUCGCGUGGAUUCGAGCGAUUUGCAUACUGUCAUGAAAACGGUUAUCUAACUAUCUUUAUUGCGACCAUAUAAGAUCUACAAAUGUUUAGUUAAGGUCAAUGUGGGGAAACCGGCUUAUAAAUUUUUUGGGUGAUAAGAUCGUCAAAGAAUAGAUUGAUAAAACGUUUAUUAAAAUGCUGCAGAAACACACAAUUUACACAUUCAUUACAAACUGAACAAAACUAAAGUAUACAAUUCAAUUAGAAGAAAAAAUAAUCACUAAACACGAGAAAUGGAUAUACUUCCUGUACGCAUUACAGCAAAAACAAAAGGGUUCCGAGCUAUUUCACAGCUCUUUUGAACAAAGCACUGAUAUUCUGUCGGAACCCGGAUCACGUUACAGUUACGUACAAUUAAAUAUGAUGGUAAAAUACUAGUAUUUUAGUGUAAAAAACGUAAUGGUGUAAAUAUGUUCCGAAACGAAAUACUUAAAUAAAAAAUGGCCAUAAGAUAAAAGUAAGAAAAUGCGUAGGUUUAGUUCAAAAUCCAUCUGUAUACGUACUUUGCUCAGACACAGUGAGAAAGGAAGAGCUUCAAUCCUGCUCCACCGACCUGUAUGUGUAAAAGCGCAGGAGUUAGAAGAGACAAAAGUGAUUAUAGACGGUCUUGUCUGAUAGACGGUUUUCUCCACAUUGACCGUCAUUGUUAGUGGAUACUAUCGUCAAAGUUCCAAAUCGGCUGAUACAUAGGGCAACGCUGCGAAACGCGAUUUCGUGUAUACUGCAUUUAAUAUCUUGUUAUCUUGUUGAAAUCAGAUUAGAAGGAUAUUGUGUGAUGUUUCAUAAUUUUAAGUUCGCGAAUUAAGCGAAGCUGGCACAAAUAAAUCUGAAUUAACAUAUGGGUCUGUAUGAGUUUGGGUGUGAAGAUUUGUUUUGCUUCGUGACAUAUCUCUAAAUCUUAUUUUUAUGGAUUGUUUGCAUACUUAACAAUUUAUAUUGUCUUUUUUUAAUUAAUGUUCAAUGUUCCUGUAUGAAAUGCAUUUUGUUUUAUAAACUAUGAAUAAGUACUUAAAGGUCGGUGCAUACGUCACGUGGGUGAAUUAACUAUUUUUUUUUGUUUUUGUUCAGCUAGGCGUCAAAAUAGUACCACAGUUUUUAGAAUAAUCCGUGUACAGUAGCUAUCAGAAAUAUCGGAGCAGCCAAGGUGCUCAAAAAUAUCUGAACACGCACGCUAACGCUUUGACAAUAGAGACGUGUUCAGAUAUUUGUGAACACCUUGGCCGCUCCGAUUUAUCUGAUGGUGACUGCGCCAUAUCAUAUUUUACGGUCACUGAUUUGUCCAACGUCAACUUUUGACAAUCGAAGUUACGUAAAAUUACGGAAGGUGUGUGGAGAUAAGGAACGAAAUCUCCAUGUACCAAAAAGUGUCAUCAAAAAACUUUAAAUAGGUGGCGCUACAAUAAGAGUACUUGAACAAAAAAAUCAAAUCAUAGACAGCGCAAUUCACUCCGUCAAUAACGCCCAGGUUCUUAGCUACUCUAGCGCUACUCUGGGGAGAUUUGGAACUAUUAUUUAUAGCUGACAGCUGGACACUUUUGCAACAGUUCUACCAUAAGAUAUGCCACUCCUCUUAAUUCCACACUCCAUACGCAAAAUGUAUGGAGCUGUACAGCGCCAUCUCGUUUAUCUGUCAAAUUUGAAGCACGAAAUUGUCUUAGCUUUUACACAUCUCACUGAAUCAAUGUAAUUUUGCUCGAGAUAUAAAAUUGAAGAAAUUUGAACUUAAUGUAAUUCUAUUGUAUGUUAAAAUUUCUUUAAUUUUAUAUAUUGAGUUAUAAACUUCUUCCCGCCGUGUAUCGAUAUUAUUAUGCUUGGAAGAUAGCCAAUUGCAGAAAGGGCUUAAACUACCACAAACAUGAAUGAUCUUUUAAUUCAAAUGUCAUUGUACCAGGAUUCAAAGAAUGACCAAAGCUCCCGUAACCAUGGCAACGUGUGACAAGAAAAAGUUGAUUCACCCACGUGAUCUUUGCCAUGCGAAGGGUAGUCUGUUUUUUUUUUACUAUGAAGUACUGGGAAUAGGAAGUAGAAUGGAAAGCUCGUUGUUUGUUUGCAUAGAAAAUGUAUGGCGCAGUACAUUAUAGUUAAAAAAACAGACUGGGGCAAAAGAAACACAUGUAAGGAAAAUAAACGGAGAUAUCAAAAACUACAUUAAAUGAGAAUAUAAAAAAACUGCUUUUAUAAAAUUAACUAAAAAUGCUUACCCAGAACAGCCCAGAAGGACUUUCCUCAUGCGGUUACUGUGCAAAAUAAACUGUUUCUCUUGUGGGGUAUUAGUACAGCUUACAGUAAGCUUAAAAUUACUCCUUUUCCCGUCUUGAAUGGUGAAACGGAUCGUAUGCAGCGACCUUAAAUAGAUGCUUUCUGCCUCUAUACUCAGAAAUAACAACGAUUGUAAUAAUAUAGCACUUAAAGCACUUUGGUACAAUGUAUGUAUGUGUCCCGUGCCAUAAAACUGUGUGAAAGUCGGCAGUAUUGCUGUAGUUAGGUAUUUAUGAAAUUAUUGCACAAAUUUAUGUAAUUUAUAAGCUUUUAUAGGUAUAAUUAAGGCUUUCAUUUCGUCGAAUUUACUUGUCUUAUAACUAAUAAUAUAUAUCUUUACAUGUUUUUGUUAGCUUAUUUUAGUUAGGGUCCAAAUGAUGGGCAAAAUCUUUAUUUUUUUCUAAAUGUCCCUUAGCUUCGCAUUGGUCCGGUCAGCCUAUUUCUUUCUCGCUUUCACUCAUAGCUGCGUCUGUAACGGACCGAUCUCGAUCGAACAGGCCUCGGACCGUACCAAGGUCGUGGUCCGGUACGCCCGUCUGUUAUAGCUUUUGUGUAUUGUGUAUUUAACUUGCCCCAAAAAUGUGUUAUAGAUACUUGCCAAUAUUAUCUUCACAUUUCAAGCCUCUACUUUUUAAAUGUUACUGGAUGCCUAGCCAAAGUUACAAUCGUUAGCGCUAUGAUAACGUAACGCUUUGUGUCUCUCUGUCACUCUUCCAUAUUAAUGCGACAUUGACAGUUGUGUUUCGUUCGCUAUGAACCGUAAACGAUUGGCAUGUUGGCUACGCACCCUGAUGCUUCUCAACCUGUCGUCUACCAAGUUGUCAAAAAAGCACCCCGACCCAAUCCAAAUCCCGAAGAAAAUCUACUAACUCCCUUAUUCAUAAACGUCUACUAAAGUUAACAAGCCGCUAAUAAUCGUUGGUCCCUUUCCGACGUAUUGGUAUGAUGGAAAGGGACAAAUGAUUAUUAGAGGCUUGUUAACUUUAGUAGACGUUUAUGAAUAAGGGGGGUUAGAGUGUACCGGCCAAUUGUUGCCAUUGUUACGACGGAUUCUAUUAGCACCCGAGCAAAUUCGCAGUCGAAAAGCAGCUUUAUUUUGAUUUUAAUGAAACUGAUUUCGAUUGGGGUUAAAAUGGCCGGAAAACUCCGGACGUAACAUAUAAUAUAUACAUUAUUUAAGUAACAAAUACGGGGCACAAAAGACUGGACGGAGAACUCUGGCCGGGAUAUAUAUAGAGGGGUGUUUAUCUCUCAAAACCUUGAUAAAUGUAUAAGUAUGCCUUUUUUGGCCGGAGAUAUCCAAUCUGGGUAGACGUCAGGGUUAGUCGAUCAGCCGAUUCGAUUUUAAGCAUUACAUAGAUCGAUGGUGACGUAGCGCCCUUAGUGACAAUCUGGGAGAACUGAUACAUAGCGCUUUUGUGUUAAGGCGCAAAACACACAUAGGAAAAACUAGUAUUAAGUAACAUUCGGAUGUCAAUGUGAGGAAGCCCGGCAUAUAACUUUUUGGUUGGAAAGACCGUCAUUGGGUGCAGCAGAGUGUGUGUACAAACUCAAGAAUGAGAAGCGACGAAAGAGUUUGUGGACUGUCUUACUUGAUAGACGGUCUUCCCCACAUUAACUUUAUCUUAAAAAUUCUAACUAUAUCCAAGAUACACAAUACAAACACACAAACAACAAAGCUCAUACAAUAAAUAAAGUUUUAUACAAAGCUCUGACCGCUCUUCGACGACGCACUGCUCCGGUCUUCGUCUGUGGAAUUCAAGUUAGAUAUUGUUGCUAUGUGUAAGGUGUUUUUAUUACCUCGUAAGGCCACUGAAUAAACGAUUGUAUUUAUUAAAGUAUUCCAAAUUUACGCUAUUUGUUUAAGUUACGAUUAGUUUAUGAAUUGUUUUAAUGGCAUUUAUUCAAUUUACCUACGGAGAAACUAGUUAUACCUAGAUUACCUAGGUGACGCGCAGUAGAGUUGGUGCCUGCGUUGCGUACGCAUUUAUAUUUUAUUGUUUGUGUUUAAAAAAUAAAUACAAAAGAUUUUUACCGUUUAA